ACAUUCAAUCAAGCUAUGGGGCUUCAUAUUGGCAGCUUGCUAAUAUGCGUGUUCUUAGGCAUCCUUCCUUUCGCAACUGCUAACACAAACAGAUCAGGUUAUGAGGAACAAAGGAAUUAUUUGCUUAACAUCUUUCACAAUCCACUUGUGAAUGACUCCAUUAAGGAAAAAAAUAUUCCGGAGCUAAUCGCUUUUUAUCAACGAUAUCCUACAGACGUUCCUCUAUCCGACGCAGAUAGGCAACAAUUUGAAAGGUUUAUUCAUGACUACAGAGAAUACCGGGAAGUUUUGGUUGAUGGUGUACCACCUCAAGGAGGAUCGUUUGGAAACAUAUUCGGACACUUCCUAGGCAGAGUCGGAACCCGGUAUAUUUCGUCUCUGUUUAAUAAGAAAAGGGAGGAAGGGCAAUCCAACCAUGCUAACAGUCCCACUACAUUGCCUUCAAGGAUUCAAAAGAUGACUAAAUAAUCGAGACCUAUAAACAAUCUUGCCUUUUGUACUUUCAUGCUAGUUUGGAAUCGGAUGUAAUUUGUUUAUUGUUUGAAAAACUAUAAAAACCGAUCUAUAAAUAAACUAAUCAAUACCACUCAUGUGGUUAUAGCA